AAUAGUCUGGUGACUGGCAAGCGGGCAAGAGGACUCAUCGCUGUGCUGUGGCUCCUGUCCUUUGGAAUUGGACUGACUCCGCUUAUGGGCUGGAAUAAAGCCAUGAGCGGUUGUCCCAAUGCCACCAACGAGACAGGGGCUGACACCGGGACAGAGCACCAUGGCUGCUUCAUCUCAUGCCUCUUUGAGAACGUGGUGACGAUGAGCUACAUGGUGUAUUUCAACUUCUUCGGCUGCGUGCUGCUUCCGCUCAUUAUCAUGCUGGGAAUCUACAUUAAGAUAUUCAUGGUCGCCUGCAAACAGUUGCAUCAGAUUGAACUGAUGGGCAACUCCAGGACCACACUGCAGAAGGAGGUCCACGCAGCCAAGUCUCUGGCCAUCAUUGUAGGACUUUUUGCCUUCUGUUGGCUGCCCCUGCAUAUCUUGAACUGCAUCACUCACUUCCACGAGGAGUCCUCCAAAUCCAAGCCUGAGUGGGUGAUGUAUGUGGCCAUCAUCCUCUCCCAUGCCAACUCUGUCAUCAAUCCCAUCAUUUAUGCCUACAGGAUCAGGGACUUCCGCUACACCUUCCGCAAGAUCAUUUCCAAGAUCCUCUGUAAGACGGAUGACUUCCCCAAGUGCACCACUGACAACAACCAGCACCUGACUGUCACCAACAUUAAUUCUCCAGUAGCCUCUGUGACCAUAUGACCGUGCAUGUCCUGCUCCUGGGAUUUUGCAGUCUGUCCCUGACACUACCCUUCCCUGUGCCUAUGUGAAACAGUUACAGCUAACUCCUAGAGGAGUGCUCAGAGAUGACCACUAUGCAGUUAUGCAGCUGUAUUUUUUUUAUUUUUGUAAUUAACAUAGUGCCUCCUAGAGGAAUAACCCGACCGGGGAGACUGAGUGCAGCUCACCCUCGACUGUAAACCCAGGUUGCGUGAUCGUAUUGUAUUUCCUUUCCAGGUCAGACAUUGACUGUGGAAGACCCACCUGCUGGGGGUGUUUCCCCAAAUGUGCUGCUCAUGUCAAGUCCUAGGAUCUUUAUUUUAAUUAUUUUUUUU